AUGUCGAGCACUACUCCUGUCAAGCACACUUUCAUCGUGUAUGCACCCGACAAGACCGAUCCAGGCGCGAAUGCACGCCGGCUGGCUGUUCGCCCCGCACACAUCGAGAGAGCAGCCACGAUGAAGCAGGAAGGAUAUAUGAAACUGGGCGGCGCGAUCCUCACACCGGAGUCGAUCGCAAGCGAGAGUGCAGAGAAGAAGAUGACAGGCUCCGUUUUGUUUUUCCAUGCUGAGACAAUAGACAAGGUGCGAAAGACGGUUGAAAGCGAUGUGUACUAUACCUCGAACGUGUGGGAUGUGGAGAAGAUUGUGAUCGCACCGUAUGCUAUUGCUGGAGGCUCUCAAUGGCCUUGA